AUGGAUCGGCCGCCGGAGGAGUUGCAGGAGCUUGGCCUGAGGGAAGUCCUCCGGGAAUCGAUCUCCAUCCCCCGAGCUUCUCCCCGGACCUUCUCCCUCAUCACCCUCGUCCUCGUCUUCCCCCUCUCCUUCGCCGUCCUCGCCCACAACAUCUUCACCCACCCCAUCCUCCAUCGCCUCCAAUCGACCCACUACUCCUCCCCCUCCUCCUCCCAUGGGCACGAGUGGGCCCUCUUCUUCCUCUACCAGUUCAUCUACCUUCUCUUCCUCUUCACCUUCUCACUCCUCGCCACCGCCGCCGUCGUGUUCACCGUCGCCUCCAUCUACGCCGCCAAGGCCGUCUCCUUCUCCUCCACCAUGUCCGCCAUACGUCCCAUCUUCUCUCGCCUCUUCCGCACAUUUCUCUGGGUCUCCCUCAUCAUGUUGGUGUACAACUCCGGCUUCAUCCUCGCCAUCGCCGUUGUCAUCAUCCUCUCCGGCGGCGUCUCCGCUAUUCCCAGCCCCAGGCAGAUCUUCCUCUUCACCGUGAUCUUUCUUAUCUUCCUCGCCGUCCAUGUCUUCAUCGCUGCACAUUGGCACCUGGCCAGCGUGAUCACUGUCCUCGAGCCCGUCUGCGGCUUGGACGCCAUGAAGAAGAGCCGGGAGCUGAUGCGGGGGCGAAUUAGAAUGGCUCUAUGGUUUGUUCUGGGUUACCUCGGAGCCUGCGGGCUGAUCAGUGGGGCUUUCGGGGCGGUGGUGGUGCGCGCCGGAGAAGAAGAUAGCAUUCCGGCUUCGCCCAUGGUGAGGGUCCUGGUGGGCGGCGCACUGGUGGCGGUGCUCGUCGUCGUCAACCUGGUGGGAUUGCUGGUGCAGAGUGUUUUCUAUUAUGUCUGCAAGAGUUACCAUCACCAGCCAAUCGACAAGAGUGCUCUGUGCGAGCACCUGGGUGGGUACCUUGGCGAGUAUGUGCCCCUGAAGAGCUCAAUCCAGAUGGAGAACUUCGAAUUGUAA